GGAAAAUAGUUACUGUUGUACUUAAACCGUGUGUUGUAGUUACAGUUACUGAAAUUGUUCAGACUUCUUGGCUUCGUCGAUAAGUGUGUUUUUCUUAUUUUAUUAGUUUAUUUCAGAUUCCUAUUAUCUGUUUAAAAUACCGAUAUCUGAUUCGAUUUUCUACUUUAAUUUUUAGUUGUGGUUAAAAAUCCAAAAUGAAAUACAAUUUCUACGUAAUCUUUUAAUCAAUCGCGAAUUUUUAUUUUUAUCGUUUAAUCAUUUUCUUACUAGAAUUUAUACGAAAUGGACCAAGAACAACAGGGAGUUAUUUACAUUGAAAAUUGGAAUGACCUGUGUCGAUUAUGUUUACGCAACGAUCAACCAUUGCAAAAUUUGUUUUAUGAAGAAUCCCUUUUGGAAAAUGUGCAAGAAGUGACAUGCUUAAGUUUCAGUUUAGAUGAUGAUUUACCCCAUUCUAUAUGUAAAUCUUGUAUUGACCAAGUAAAUUCGUAUUUUGAAUUUCGAGUACGGUGUAAAGCGACAGAUCAUUGGUUAAGAAAUGAAGCUGUGAUUCAAGACAACGAUCAUAAGAAUUCAGUAAUUGAUCCAGAAGUAAUGGAGGAUGAUAAAGACUUAUUAUUAGUGGAGCCAAAUCAAUACGAAGAACAGCUUAUUGAUGAUCCAGAUUCUGUUGAUGAUCAUCAAAUAGUAGAAAAUGAAAUUGAAUUAUCCCAUUGCAUUGUUCAAACAGAGGAAGUUAUGCAAAUUACAGUUAAUGAAGAUAAAACAUUAGACACAAAUACUAAUGAUCAUCAAUGUACAAUUUGUGGUAAAGAACUGUUGUCUGCGUAUACACUUGCAAACCAUAUGCGUUCUCAUAUAGGAGAACGCCCUUAUGGUUGUAGUGUAUGUGAAAAAUUCUUCAAAACAAAAUCCAAUUUAAAUGAACAUUACCGAGUUCACAACCCUGAACUGCGUUGGAUGAAGACGUCUAGCAGAGACAUUCCGUCCAUUACACGUGUGACGGUGACGUCGGAAGACAUGCUGACGUGCGGCAGAUGCUCCAAGGUGUUCGUGUCGUUGGACGACCUGACGGCGCACGAACGCGUGCACGCCGGCGGCCAACGGGACCGGGAACGGGAACGGAACGGCGGCGUCGCGGCGGUGCACGUGUUCACGUGCGAACGGUGCGACAAGAACUUCACUUCGAAGUCGUUGCUAUCCGCGCACAUAGCCAACAACUGUUCGGACGCCGGGAACCCCAACGACCGGCAGUGCCCGUACUGCGGCAAGCAGUUCCGGUCCGCGGCCACGCUAGAGAACCACAAGCGGGUGCACACCAGGGAGAAGCCGUUCACGUGCGACCUGUGCGCCAAGCCGUUCCGAACCAAGGGCAACCUGCUGGAGCACAAGCGCGUGCAUAACAACAGCCUGUGGCUGAUCAAGAACGAGCCCAAGCCGACGGGUGACGCGGCGGUCGGGUGCAGCGUCGGUGACAGGCGGUUCCAGUGCACGUACUGCACGAAACCGUUCCGCACGUACACCGCGCUGCUGAACCACGAGCGCGUGCACACCCGCGAAAAGCCGUUCGAGUGUACCGUGUGCGGCAAGUGUUUCCGCACCAAGUCCAACCUCACGGAACACAUGAAGGGCUGCCACGACGUGGACUCGUCGGCAGCCGGCGGUUCGGACGAGGUGCAAGUGUUCACGUUCAAGACGCAAUCGGUCAGCUGAGGUGCGGCUCGCGGCCUUGUCCACGGGGUUCCUAGUGCUUAUUAGUCGUCGCCGCCACUUAGUGGCCUUCAGCCGGCCUUCUGCACGUCACCGGUACAACCGCCCCGUCCCACUUGCAUCACAUAUAUUCACGUGCGUAUGCUCGGGCGAAGGGAGGGCGCUGUAGGAUUACAUCAGGCGGGACGCGUCGAAGACCGUUAAGUGUUCGUUUUGUACGUUUCGUACGAACGAAGGAGAACAACGAUUAUUCAAUAAAACAAUAUUUCUCGGGUUUCGGUAUAGGUAUUCAUAUAUAAUAAUGUAUAUAGUUUACACGUAAAU